CAAUAUUAGGAGAGUGUCCAUCAGUGUGUGAGUGUAACAUGGUGCAUAAGUACAAGGCACUCUCACAACUCUAGUAUAUGGUGAAUAAGUGAUCACCAGGUGAGACAAUCUACAAGUGCUUACUCACUGCUUGAGCAGAGCCAGACAAGACGAGUAUCACUGAAAAUGGAGCUCAUUUGUUGGUUAUUGAUGCUGUCAGCAUGGCUGUCAUCCACGCUUACCAAGAAGGAAACAAGCCUCGGGAGAGCAGUCAACCUUCCUUCACUGACGGUGAUGUGGACCCCUCCACUUGAAACCAACGGAAUCAUACGUAACUAUAUGGUCAGGUGGCUCGAGGAAGGUAAGGUCAGCCAGAAUGUCAUCGUUGAGCACGACGUCACCAACUACACCAUCCAUGACCUGGCUCCUUGUACCAACUAUACCGUCACUGUCAAAGCUGCCACAAGUAAAGGCUUUGGUGAUGAGAGUGACCCAAAAAAUGCAACGACGGUAACUGCAGGUCCACCAGCACCGUCAGUAACCUGUAAAGCAUCCACCUCCCCUCAACAACUGACUGUCACCUGGCCAGAAGUCGACACAAAUUGUCUACUUCAUGGCUACAUGGUUAACUGCACAGGAGAAGUCCUGUGGUCGGCGACCGUCACGGAGGACACUGCAGAAACUGCAAUCUCAUAUAUUGAUUUGGACGGCUUAAUACCAUGGACAAACUACACUGUGUGUGUAGCUGGUGUAGUUGCUGACAGCACUGUUGGCGAAUGGAACUGCUGCACUUCAACCACUCACCAGGCAGUACCCGGAGAGCCAACAAAUCUGCAUCAAACAUCAGCGAGCAGAGAUAGCCUGACAGUGUCUUGGGACCAACCGAAGGAGUUGAACGGUGAGCUGACAGCCUACCAACUGACCUGGAUCGAUCAAGUCUCCAGCCUCAUUACUCCUAACAUCACCAGUUACACAGUUUUUGGCCUUCAUCCUAAUUCAAAGUACAAUGUAACUUUAAAGGCAGGGACCGUGGCAGGCUGGGGAGCUUCAGCACAAGUACAAGUGGUGACGACUGGUGAAAACGUAACUGUUGGUGCUAUUGUUAGCAGUGUUGUUGGCGGUGUAUUUGGGGGUCUCCUGGUGGUGGCUGCUCUAGUCGCUCUUGUCUUCUACAGGAGAAAAAGAAAGGAGAAAAUUAAGACCCCCGAAGUCCUGCGGCCGACUCCUGGGUUACCAACGAUAGCAAACAACAACAACAGCAAUUUCCAUCCGAGACGUGAAGAGGAACCAUCAGCACGAUGAUGACCAGUCCCCGGGAUGUGACACCCAGCAGCGCCUGCAAGAGAAACUCUCACAGCAGAUGACUCAGGUAAGGAACACACAGCCACACCUGAAGGAAGAAACGCCACAUAAGAGAGCUGAUGGCACCCAAAAGAACCUGAUGGAGGAGCUGCAUAACCGCAGAGCUAAGGACAAUGUGAGGUACCUGAGGGAGGAACUCUCCCACAGAACUCAAACACUCCAGCCUUCCACCAACACUACCAACAGAAAAGUCAACACUAAGUCUCCACGUUAUAUACAUGAAGAACAGUACAUGGCAUUUUAUAUGGACUGCAUAUACGAGACUGAAUCCAACGAGGCUGACGACGCUACGUAUGUAAGCCUCGACUAGCGCCACUCGUGUUUCUAACUGAUCUUGUGACUGGAAUACCAGCGUACUGUGGGAUUUAGGGAAAGACACGAAUCGCGGGACGGCCUGUGAGUUUCAGGACUCACUGACUGUGGGUUCAAUCCCUACCCGUUCCGUGGUUUGAAAUACACCUGUUAUGAUACACUUGUUAUGAUACAGCUCUAAGUAGAGUGAAAUUUUGCCACAAUAAAAGCUUGUUCUGUACCUGAGUAUAGAACAGAUUGGACCUGCCAACUGAUUAGCCAUCCGAGUUGCCAGCCAUAGCAUACCCACCCACCAUGGCUCUCUAACCGCCCGCCAACCCACCCUGGCUCUCUAACUGCCCACCCACCCACCCUGGCUCUCUAACCGCCCACCCACCUAACCUGGCUCCCUUGCAUCCCACCCAUGAACAUUAAAAAUGGUAUAAAAUACCGACAGAUUGUUAGGUAAGACACUAUGUGUCUUACCUAACAAUCUGUCGGUAUUUUAUACCAUUUUUAAUGUUCAUUCUGUCAGACACUGCAACACUUGGUACAGACCAUCAACUUCGACCUCUACUAAUGAGAACGGCUGGGUUUGAGAGGGACCUGCCCUCCCAAAGCAACCUACGUCUCACCUCCUGACACUAUAUAAAGGCUCCAUCCUGUCACUUCAACUUCAUAUUGUUUCAGACAACGGAACAAUGCUCUUCUCCAGACUGAGGGACUGACCACCUCAAAUCUUUAAGGGUGAUGGACUGAUUACAUCGUCUUCAAGUAUCUUCUGCUUCUAUCAACUUUUCUGUACUCGACUGAAGAAGCCUACUGUGUAGGCGAAACGUUUCGAAAUAAAGAUACCUAACUGUUGCAUAUGUGUCUUACCUAACAAUCCCACCCAUGUUGGCUCCCUACCAUCCCACCAAUCCUGGCUCCCUGCCUAGCCACUCCGGCUACCUGCCAUUAACACUAACCAUGUCCCGUACAACCCAGGUAACGGAUGAUAGCAUUCCCAAUUCUCGUGAGAGGCUGGGACUGUAAAGUGUAACAUAUGAGUGCACAGUGAUAAUACAAGGAGCUCUUACCAAGUCUUGCUGGGUCCGUGCAACUUGUACGUAGUAAGCAAGAGUGCCAGGCUCUUCCACGUCUGUUCUCAUGCUAGCAUGGCAUAAUUUUGUUGUGUGUGAAUUAGCCGGGCAAUUUGGGAAUGUAUCCAUGUUUGUAGUGUGACAUUAGUAGAUAAUAUGAUCCAUAUUACUGCAUUUGAUGGAGUAAAAUGGCCAACCGCCACGAUGAAUAAAAUAAGAAUAAAUAAGAUCACGGUAAACAGGUGAUAUCACGAAAUGCAAAAAAGUAACCACGGUGCAAAGAGAUAUUGAAAUUCAAAGGACAUUUGUGAUUUCUUACAUUAUCUUACCUUAUUGUGUUUCAUACUUAGCAUAUUAAUUUGAUAAAGCGAAUAUAAUGUAUAGAAGUGAA